GCUAUUCUGUGUGUUUAAUCCCUGGGCACGGAGUUCUAGACGAAGCGCAUUGGCCGCAGACAGUCGCACAGUCUAUAUUGGCCGUACUCUUUGUCCAUCAGCGAGCAGGGGCCGCCUACCCCUUAUAAAUUGCCAGACGGCACAACUCUAGAGCUACUUCACUUUGUGUAUCCUACACGUUGAGCAGGGACACGGAAACCGCUGCGCCCUUUUAACAAAUGGUUGUCCAAGUAAACCAGCCAACUCGCCACUACAGCAAAACGAUGGAAGGAAGUCAGCAAAAGGUGGAGGCUAAUGUCUUACUACUUGGAGCUGAAAGCGUCGGUAAAUCUGCUCUCACGGUGCGGUUUCUCACUAGAAGGUUUAUCGGCGAAUACGGCGAUAUUGAAUCCAUCUACAGUCACACUGACCGAGUAGAAGGACGGGAGAUCAGUUUCAAUAUCUGGGACUCGCUUUGCCCCCAGAAUGGUGAGGUCGAGGGACACAUCAGCGACAGACAACUCCAGUGGGCGGACGGUUUCAUCCUGGUUUAUAGCAUAUGCGACCGUGCCAGCUUCAACGUGGUGCGGCAACAAGUGCAGCGCAUCCAGCAAGCCAAAAGCAAAUCCCCCGGAGCCCAUCCCAUCAUUAUCGUGGGCAAUAAACGUGACCUCCAGCAUCGCCGCACUGUCUCCAGCGAGGAAGGACGCCUCCUCGCUCUUUCCACAGACUGUGGCUUCUUUGAGAUCUCUGUAGCGGAGACAUACCACGAGGUACAGCUGGUAUUUCACGAACUGCUCGACCUUAUCCGAGAGGCGAGGGCGCUCAAGAAGGGCGCAGCUGGGAUCAAGGGGAUUGUGAGAAGCAUGUCUGCCGUUUUCGGAAGGAAGAGGACUGAGUAGUUCCACUAUAGUUUAAUACUAGAGACAUUGAGAUGUUACUGUACUGCAUCUAAACAGCCCAGGACUUGUCCUUGGGUAAAGUGGAUGGUUAUGUUUCCAUAUUGGAAUAGGUCCGUGCACAGCUCUGAUGUAGGCCUAACUGAACUCAAGCCUGUUGGAUUGUUACUCAAAUGAGAUGAUUGACAAUCAAAUUCUAUCAACCUGACAGGAUUAAGUACUCUUAUGUGUCUGAGGUCAGGUGGCCUAAAGUAGCAGAAAAAUGCCCUUAAAUUGCCAACUUGUUAGAUUGCCUUGCAACAUGCCAUACAAUUGCCAACUGUAAAGCAGAAGGGUUGUUGUUUAAAUUCCUCUAAGAAGUAUUGUGGAAAACCUAUGUGCAAUAGACAACUUAUUUCUCUUCACAAAUCUGUAUCAGCAUGCAGAAUGUUCUACGGGUCAGGUCUGCUUGGCCUUAUUGGCACAAUCCCUUGGACUAUUGACAAUGUAUGCAAGACAGAUAAGUGAAUGUGUAGCAUUAUAAUGGUGUGAUCAUUACAUUUGCUCCCUUAGUAUAGACUCCAGUAGCUUUGAUGCAUUUCCAUCCACAGCACCAACAUCAAUCAGACCUUUAAGGUGUUUUGAAAGGUCAGCCAGUGGGGGACCAUUCUCUGUUCAUUAAUGUCAAUACCCUCUAUUUGUCUGAGAGUGCUGUACAUUUCACGUCUUUGAAGAAUGCUGAGGCCUACUUGACUUUCAUAGGGGUGUUAAUGCAGUGGACAAACAUGUCUAUUUCAAUAGCAUACUACUGAUUCUAUCGUUUUUUUUGGUAACUUUUCAUGAAUUAUGAAAACUGAAGUCAUGUUUGUUAUACAAGUCAUUACUUUAACUGUACAAAGUGUACAUACUACAGAACUUGGUCCUACGAUUUCAUAAUAAAAUGUGAAAUGAA